AUGAGCACAGCGAUCCCAUCCUCCAUUAUGGACGACUCUCAAGCCCAUUCUCCAAACUGCCACAUCUCCCCAUUUCUCUUACUGCCGUAUCACAUCCGCCAUGAAAUCUACCUGUUCGCUCUCGAGUAUCCAGAUCUUCGCCCGAUAUUUGCACGUAUGGAGUAUCAGUUUGCUCAAGGCGAAGCCACACACGACACGACGAGGCUGCCAAAGUGUAUCCUCCCAACGCCGCAUGUCCCGGCGCAGCUAAAGGUCACUCCGGGCAUCUUUCUGUGUAAUAGACAAAUUGCCAGCGAAGCGCGAGAGGCCAUGAAGUUCAAAGUAUUCACUCUCCAGAGACCACCGCCAUAUACCAUGACGCUGGGGAGACCCAUGGACAUUACCGAGUUUAUCAGCCAAGACACGCUGAAGAACAUGCGGCGAGUGGAAUUGGUAAUGAAUCUUUUUGAUGAUGCCAGGGGAUGGGGCAAGACUGUAGAGAUUCUUUUGGAUGUCUGGAGCUCAGCAAACCAUCUGAAGAGGAUAGAUAUCCAGAGCUUUGCAAGAGAGGGUGGUAUUGAGUUGACCGGAACGCCGCUCCCAGCACUCAACGUGAAAAAGGCAAAUGCGGAUUGGUAA